AUGCAGAACAGUCACAGCGGAGUGAAUCAACUCGGCGGUGUGUUUGUCAACGGUAGACCACUGCCAGAUUCAACCAGACAGAAAAUAGUGGAACUAGCGCAUAGUGGGGCUCGUCCGUGCGAUAUCUCCAGAAUCCUGCAGACCCAUGCAGAUGCAAAAGUCCAAGUGCUGGACAAUCAAAACGUGUCGAAUGGAUGUGUGAGUAAAAUUUUGGGCAGGUAUUACGAAACUGGCUCCAUCAGACCCAGGGCAAUCGGAGGUAGUAAACCGAGAGUAGCGACUCCAGAAGUUGUAAGCAAAAUAGCACAGUAUAAACGCGAGUGCCCCUCCAUCUUUGCGUGGGAGAUUCGAGACAGAUUACUAUCAGAGGGGGUCUGUACCAACGAUAAUAUACCCAGUGUAUCGUCAAUAAACAGAGUUCUACGCAACCUGGCUAGCGAAAAGCAACAGAUGGGUGCCGAUGGGAUGUAUGACAAGCUAAGGAUGCUGAAUGGACAGACAGGGACAUGGGGCACGCGACCUGGAUGGUACCCCGGGACCUCCGUGCCAGGGCAGCCCACACAAGAUGGCUGCCCGCAGCAGGAAGGAGGUGGUGAAAACACUAACUCCAUCAGCUCUAAUGGAGAAGAUUCAGAUGAGGCCCAGAUGAGACUUCAGCUGAAACGAAAGCUGCAGAGGAAUAGGACAUCCUUUACUCAAGAGCAAAUUGAAGCUCUUGAGAAAGAAUUUGAGAGAACCCAUUAUCCUGAUGUGUUUGCCAGAGAGAGACUAGCUGCCAAAAUAGACCUGCCUGAAGCAAGAAUACAGGUGUGGUUUUCUAACAGAAGGGCAAAGUGGAGAAGGGAAGAGAAACUGAGGAAUCAGAGAAGACAAGCCAGCAACACUCCCAGUCAUAUUCCUAUCAGUAGUAGUUUCAGCACAAGUGUCUACCAACCAAUCCCACAACCUACCACACCUGUUUCCUCUUUCACAUCAGGUUCAAUGUUGGGCAGAACAGACACAGCACUAACAAACACAUACAGUGCUCUGCCACCCAUGCCUAGCUUCACAAUGGCUAACAACCUGCCUAUGCAACCCCCAGUACCUAGUCAGACCUCCUCCUACUCUUGCAUGCUGCCCACUAGUCCAUCAGUGAAUGGGCGGAGCUAUGAUACAUAUACACCUCCUCACAUGCAGACACACAUGAACAGCCAGCCAAUGGGCACUUCUGGCACUACUUCAACAGGUCUUAUUUCCCCUGGAGUGUCAGUUCCAGUUCAAGUUCCUGGCAGUGAACCCGAUAUGUCUCAAUACUGGCCAAGAUUACAGUAA